GUGGCACAGACACUCACACACAGAGCUCCACCUGACCUGCGGGAUGGAUGGCUGGAGACACAGACCCAGUGCCGCUCGGGCUCUGCUGUGUUUGCUCACAGCACUGUCCGGGGAGGUUACAGUUGGCAUCAGUACAGGAAAUGGUAUCUUUACAAUUCAGCAUCAGAACAGCAAGAAAUGUCUCGAUGUCAAGAACAAUAUAAUGGCUAUGAAUAAAUGCGAUCAACUAGACUCUUUUCAACAAUGGAAGUGGGUGUCUGAACACCGACUGUUCAACAUUGGCACCAAAAUGUGCCUCGGCAUCGACUCCAACAAAUUUCCCCAACAAUUGAGAAUGUUUCAGUGUGAUGUGAAGAUAACCGCUCUGUGGUGGCGCUGUGAGAGUAGCAGUGUGUAUGGCACAGCUCACCAUAAACUGUCUGUAAAGAAAAACUCUCCUACAGUGAGCAUAGACUCAGAUGAUUUGUGGACACAGGGCGACUCAGAGCGACAUGUUUGUGAGCAGCCAUAUCGUGACAUUUACACAACUCGGGGAAAUUCCUACGGGAAACCAUGCGUCUUUCCAUUUAAACAUGAAGGCAAUUGGUAUCAUGACUGUGUCAAUGAAAAAGGCGGUGGAGCUCAAUGGUGCUCAACAACUAUUGACUAUGAUAUGGAUAAGAAAUGGGGGAAUUGUUUGAAACCAGACUCAGGAUGCAGUCACUUGUGGGAGGCGGCUGAGGAAGGACAUGCUUGUUACCAGUAUAACUUUCACUCCCUUCUCUCCUGGAAGGAGGCUCGUCUUUCCUGCCAAAGUCAAGGUGGUGAUUUACUGAGCAUCGCUAAUGUAACUGUACAAAACUACAUUGUUGGGCAACCAGACAUUCCAAAGGCUCUGUGGAUUGGUCUGAAUCAGAUGAACACUGCUGGAGGGUGGCAGUGGGCAGAUGGAACCCCUGUGGUUUUUAUUAAUUGGGACUCUGGUAUAUUUGGCAGGUCCACUAUUGAAGACACCAGCUGUGCAACGAUAAAUACUGAAUCUCAAGGUCGCUGGCAAAUGAACCCGUGUGAAGUUUCCCUGCCAUACGUUUGUAAAAAACAAUUGAAUGAGUCAAGUUUGGAGACAAUUGAUCCCUGGCAGUUUUCGAACACAAAAUGUGAAGCGGGUUGGCUGCCUUACAAUGGAUUCUGCUAUUUUAUGCACAAGGAAAAGUUAAGCUGGGAUGAUGCAAGAAGUUCCUGCAAAUCCAAGCAAAGUGAACUGAUGAGCCUCCAUUCAUUGGCAGAUGUGGAGUUGGUUGUGACUAAGUUACAUGAUGGGUUUGAAGAUGAAGUGUGGGCUGGAUUGAGAAGUAACCAAUCCCCAGCCCUGUUUGAGUGGUCAGAUGGAUCGAUUGUGACCUUCACUUACUGGGACCAAAAUGAACCUAAUGUUCCCUUCAACACUUCGCAGCACUGUGUUCACUAUUCAGGAAAGUUGGGUCGAUGGAAGGUUAAAGAAUGUAGCACAAAGUUAUCAUACAUCUGCAAAAAGACAGGCAACAUUGCGAAUGACACGGGGCUGUCCGAUGCAGGCUGUCCUCAGGAAAAGAACUGGAAAAGACAUGGAAAUUUCUGCUACAAACUUGAUCCAACAGAAGUGACGUUUGAAUCUAACUGUCACCUGACCAUACAAAACAGGUUUGAACAGGAGUUUAUUGAAAGCUUGAUUAGAAAACAUACCACAGAAAAUGACAAGUACUUCUGGACUAGUCUACAGGAUAUAAAUAAAACUGGAGAAUACACAUGGCUUCCUAGAGGCAGAAGAAAUGAACCUGUAACAUAUACAAACUGGAAUGUAUAUCAACCGGAGACUGCUGGAGGCUGUGCUGUGCUGGGCUCAGGGAAGGCUCUGGGACGCUGGGAAGUCAAGAAUUGCAAAAUGUUCAAAGCCAUGUCUAUUUGUAAGAAGAGCAUUGGAAACACCACAGAACCUGAUCCUUCACCUCCAACAGGCUCCUGCCCUCCUGGUUGGGUGACUGACACCACUCUUCCGUUCUGCUACAAGAUUUUCCAUCAUGAGAGGGUGAUUAGCAAGAGGACCUGGGAGGAGGCGGAGAAAUUCUGUCAGGCAUUUGGAGGCCACUUGCCAAGUUUCAGCCACAAUGAGGAGAUGAGUUACCUUCACAAGCUGCUGAGGACAACAAUCACUGAUGAGCGCUGGUUUUGGGUUGGAUUAAACAAGAGAAAUCCCAAUUCCAGAGGAUCUUGGGAAUGGAGUGACAACAGGCCUGUUUCCUCGUUAGUUUUGCCCAAUGAGUUUAAUGAAGAUUAUGGCAUCCGAGAAUGUGGUGCAUUUCAGACCAAAAGGCAGUGGUGGUUCCAUUAUAUUAUGAGGGAGGUUGAAGACACAUUUGACUACUACUUGGUCCCUUUCCGCUGUGACAUUAGGCUUGAGUGGGUGUGUCAGAUUCCAAAAGGAACAGCAUUGAAGAUACCAGAGUGGUACGUACCUGAUGGAGAAAGUAGUCACGGCCUCACAGUAGUUAUCAAUGGGAACGAAUAUUGGUUUGUUAACAAUGUGACGCUUCCUUACCAAGAAGCUGAAUUGUAUUGUGCACAGAAUGAGAGCACAUUGGCCACCAUCACCUCCAGAACAGCAGUAAAAGUGAUUAUAUCUCAGAUACAAAAGGAGUUUCCUUCAUUUCAGAACUGGUGGGUGAAGACAAUUGAUCACGAUUCAAUGGGCCAUUUUAUCAGGCGUCCAUAUUUUGGGUUCUAUGGCAUGAAUUCCUUCCGCAACAGAUACAGGGAGUGUCCUUUCAUCAAUCCUUUCCGUCGAUGGUUUAAUGGAUAUAAUUUGCAGGUACAUUGCUACAAAAGUCUUCCCUUCAUUUGUCAAAAGAUAAACACAACAGCGUUGGAAUCGGGAUCCUUUUACCCAGAUCAGCCGGGAACCCCGUGUACAGAUGACUGGAUCCCCUUUGGAGACAAUUGUUAUAAUCUCGUAAAACCAAGGCUAUUAACGUGGGAAAAAGCUUCACAAUAUUGCAGCAGUCUUGGUGGGAACUUACCAACUAUUGCUAACUCUUUGGAACAAGAUUUUAUUACAUCCAAAUUGCCCGGGCUGCAACAGGCACUGUGGCUUGGUUUGCAGAUCUCAAAAAAGGACUCAAGAUAUAAAUGGGUAACGGGGAGGCCAGUUACAUACACCAACUGGAUUCCGUUGUAUGAUACCUUUCCCAAUUUGAUAGAUAUUGAUUUUUUUGAAUUUCCAUUUGAGAAGCAGUGUACACUAAUGCAAAACAAUCCCAAAACGCCAUUUGUUGGAAAAUGGAACAGAACAAACUGUGAAAUUAAGCAACAUGUUGUACUGUGUCAGAAAUAUAGAGAGCAUUUUGCCAAUGAUUCAGCGAAUCAACCCUUCAAUGACACCUUAAGCUUUCUAAACCAUACUUACAUGAUAAUCAAGAGGAACAUGACUUGGGAAGAUGCAUUACUUGAGUGCCAGAAGAAUGGGAAAGAAUUGGUCAGCAUCACUGAGACAUACCAUCAGGCUUUCCUCACAACUGUUGUCAACACUUUAGGCUACCCCGUGUGGAUAGGACUGUACAGCCAAGACGAUGGUCUUCACUUCCGGUGGUCUGACGGCAGACACGUCACUCACAGUCAUUGGAGUAAAGGUGACUCUGAACCUACUGAUGACUGUGUUUACAUGGACACCAAUGGGUUCUGGAAAACCCUGGGCUGUGAGUCCCCUUUACAAGGAGCCAUUUGCCAUAUCCAACAAAAAGACGAGUCGCCUGAACAACCAAAAGUGAAUACUGUGAGGUGCCCUCAUAAGAUUCACGGUGCCUUGUGGAUACCAUUCAGAAACAAUUGUUACGCCUUUCAGAUUAACGCACAGAAUUCUCCAAGAUUCAGAGAGGACAGGAUUCAUAGCUUCUGCAGGAAUUUAGAUCCUAGUGCUGAUGUUUUAAAUAUUCGAAAUGAAGAAGAGAAUAAUUUUGUCACAGAACAACUUAUUGCUCACAAAUAUCUGUUUCGAUGGGUGUGGCUAAGUAUUGAGUACGAUAGCUUUGAGAAACGUCUGAAAUGGAACGAUGGCUCGUACGUGCGAUAUUCAAACUGGAGGAAUGGGAGACCGAAAUUGCAGAACUCACCAACACUCUUCCUGGCCGCUGUCCUGGAUAUGGCCGGAGUCUGGCAUCUGACCAAUCAACAAUUAUUUAAAAUACAAUUCAUUGUGAAUAGCAUAAUUGCAUGUAAACUCGAAAACGUCUUUGAUCCAAGAGAUUUUCAGCCUCUAACUGAGACUGCAGUGUAUGAAAACUACAACUACAAACUGCUGCAGAAGAAGCUCAGUUGGUUUGAGGCAAUGCAGCAGUGCAGAAUGGCUGGCUAUCACCUCGUCAGUGUCUACAAUGUUUCUCAGCAUUUGUUCCUGAACAAUUUAGUGAAGUCGGAUGGUUUCCCUCUGUGGAUUGGCUUGUACCAGCCAGACGAAGGGCCUGUGUUUGAAUGGUCAGAUGGAAGAAAUACCGAUUACAAGCCCUGGGAGUACAAAAAUCUUAAUACAAAUGGCAGCUGUGUUUACAUGGAUACGAAGGGCAUCUGGACCAGCAAAAGCUGUCACGACGAAGUGGAUGGAGCAAUAUGUUAUGCUUCACGGAGCAAAAAUACAUCCUCUAACACGCGGGCUGAAACCUCAAACAUGUGCCCCCAGAAAGAUAGCAAGUCAACAUGGAUCAGGUUCAAAGAUUAUUGCUAUGGAUUUGACAUGGGUUUGUACAACUGGUCCGUUUUCACCAUGAAAGAGACAGAAUUAAUUUGUCAGAAACUCGAUGCUUCUGCUGCUGUUCUGAGUAUUGAAGAUAAAGAAGAGAAUGAUUUUGUCACCAGACAAAUACAAGAAGAACAUGGUAUUGCAGGGCGGGUCUGGCUCAGCAUCUCACGUGGCUCUGAAGAUAACUCAUUAAAAUGGGGAGAUGGCUCCAAUCUAAAGUUUGACAAUUGGAUUAAUGAAACGGCUGCAAUUCUACCUGGUGAGAGCUGUGCUGCCGUAUCAGCCAUUAGUGGAAAAUGGAUCCUAACCAAUUGUUCAAGGAGUCUUGGCAGACUUGUGUGCAAAACUCCAAUAAAACCCGACAACAAAGUGGCAGCUAUCGUGCUCUCAGUGAUCGUAUCCCUGCUGCUCCUGGGAGGAUUUCUGUGGAUUAUCUACAAAAAUAAAUGGCGAUGGGCUAAUCCUUUUGGGAGUGUACGUUAUGAACGUAGUUAUAAUGAUUUCACAGACUCUGAUAGUACAGUUAUGAUAAGAGAACUUAAGGAAUUCCAUGAUUGAAACCUGUUCAGUCUUUUCAUUCCAAAAUGUUCAAAGAAGAAUGCUUUAAACAGCUUAAUGAUCUUAUCCUUUGUGUCUCCGACAUGAUCAAUUGCUAAAUAAUUUGAUUAUUGUACAAAUAUUUCUUGAUUUGCACUAUUUCAAUAUUUCUACUGAACAAGGAAUGCUGCAAUGGCACACUGUAGCACUUUCCAGAAUUAACUAAUCUGUCGUGCAAUAUUUUGCUUAAAUGCUUAUUUUUAUACUAUAUUAAACAUUCCUGUACUGAGGGUUCUUAGUAUAUCCAAGGUAUUGAAUAGCUUAGCAUCUGACUGGAAAAGAAAACCCUCUACCAAGCAUGUAAUACAAGACCAUUUGCUCAUAAUGCAAAAAUGUAAUACUUUAUGCACUGAUGUCACUCCACAAUGAUCUGAAAUCGACCUGCAUACUGGAUCAUGAAGACCCUGGUAAUUUAUGAUUAAAAAAAAUUAUAAAAAAUAUAAUAUAUAAGUGAGGGUAUUAAGAUGCACAUAUUGAGAUCCACUGACUUGUGUAAAGUGGUGAAACAUUGCUGUUCUCGUUUGUGAAUUCAUCAUAAUCUCAACUGUGUCAGUGCCUUUGUAAUUUCCUUUUCACAACAGUAGCACCUCAAAGUUACAGAUGCCAAAGUUAGGCAAUUGGUCAAGUGAAUGAAUGCAUUGUGUACAUUAAUAAAGCACUAUUGUACGGAUUGCAUUUUAUUAGCUACUAACCUUGAAUCAUAAGUGUACAUUGUUAUGAUACGCCUUGCAUAACAGAUUGAUAUUUCUGCACUGGUCGCAGUAAAAUAGUCUCAUAAGCAAAAAUUCUUUCUUAAUUAUAAGAAAAUUUCUUAAAAGCUAUGAAUAUUUUAGCCACUUAAACAUCUACUUUUCUCAAGGUGUGUUGUUGAGGUUCUACUGUAAUUCUAUUGCCUGUAAAAAAAAACUGCUAGUUUUAGAGAUUAUUCAUGUUUUUAAAUCAAUAGGUGACAAAAGACAAAGGCAAUUUUCCUUGUUGUGUAUUGGUUUGCUGGUAAUGACUCUAUUGUUGGAAAGUAGCUUGAACGCUGCAUUGCACAUUGUAUUAUAGUACCCGAGCUAAUUUCUCCAAGCUUAUUAAGUAAACUGAGCAAAAAAAAGGGAAAAUGUAUCUCAACUACUGUAAAUUGCAGAGUAUCAUUAUCUUCAAUCAGAAUUCUUAAUGCAGGAGAAUUGAGAUGUUAUCAGUCUAUCACUGGAGACGUAAUUCCUUCAAAAUGUGCGAAACCAUUGUAAUCUUUGUAUUACAAAAAAAAUUACAAUUAAUAAAAUCAAACAUACGUAUUUAAUGAUUUUCCCUUCAAACAAUUAAUUGUUUUGGAUAUCUAGAGUAAUUGUCUGCAAAUAAUAGUCAGUUUAACUACAGAUGUGCCAGGUGUCAGUUUGGGUGGGGGGGGGGGGGCAGUUCACUCAUUAUAAAUACAUCCCAUGUUGUACUGCUGUCUUCUUUUAUUGUUAAACCCCUAGUUGAAUUGUCUGAUAACUUCGUAUUUUUGUUGUUGCAAAACAGCAACAAUUUCAGGUUGUAACAGUUGAAUAUUGUUUGUUUGGGGUGAAGGGGAUAUUGGUUUUUUACAAAACCAAUCCUGGGAUCUUGGCCUAACUUUUUUUUUAAAUUGUUUUGAAAAGUAGGAUUUUUUAAUUUAUAUUUCAUUAAUUUGUGUCCAGUCCCUUUCAGGGCUAUACAAAUGUGUUUGAACUAUGCAAUAUGUUUCACUUUUUAUACAGAGUUGACUUAAUUAUUGAUAGAAUUAUCUUGCUAAAAGGAUUGUUUGACAUAAACAUGUAUGAUAUGAGCAGCUCAGUAUUAAACACUUGACCUCCAACUGGAUCCCAAGUCCUGACAGCAGGGCAGACCAGCACUGUGUAUCUGUUAGUCACUUGUCACUUCAGUUACUUAUCAUUGAAGCCGAGCAGGUAACCUAUGAGGCCACUGAAAUACACUGGGUUAUCACAAUGCCCGUCACCGUCAGAGCCUGAGGUUCAAACCAGUGGGAUUAAAGUUUCCUCUUCUCUACCAUAAAGAGUCCAAUGUGGUGGGAAAUGAAGAUCUUACACGGCUGUACAGUGUUAGGUAAGCGCUGGGGUAGGUAGGAGUAAGUUCUUUACUCUGAUGUAUGUUAUGCUAUUACUUAACGUGCAAAUGUUUGAUAUUGAUAUGAGUGCCCAAACUAGAAAAGUCUUUCCUUGCCCAAACCUCAUAACUUAAACUUUUUGAAUUCUAAAAUUUAAUUGGAAGAAUUCACUCCAACUAAGUUUUUUCCGUAGAGUAGUUGUGGAGGUACAGCUGUCAGUUAGUCAGCGAGAUGUUGGGGUACAAACCUCCAGGCUGUGGGGAGGGGGGACAUGGGUGGGAAAUGGGAGAGAAAUAUUUUUGAAAAAAUAUAAAAUUGAUUGUAAAUAUAAGCCUAAAAUGUUACCGUUUUAUUAACAAACAGGAUUAUUAGCAACCAAAUAGUCAUAUGUGUGUAUGUCUCUAUAAAUAUGUGCAAAUUUAAUUUUUCUUUUGAUUGAACAAGCUGUGAAAUAAACCAAGGAAAAAUA